UCGACCAAGUUUGUUCUUUUUAGCAUAAUUUGUGGGGGUUGGGGUUUUUUCCCCAUAAAAUUCUUACUUUGUCUUCUUCUUGUGUCGGUUAGGUUUUCAAGAAAACCCCUCUUUUGUCUUGUCUUCUCAAAAUCAGUAGCUUCUCUUCUCUAUAAUAAUAGAGGGUUUAUUCAUAUCUUCUCUCUCUCUCUCUCUAUCUCUCUCUCUCUCUCUCUCUAUACAUAUAUACUCUAGGAUAUGAUCGGAAGAGUUGUGCUCUUAUCUUUACACCUACACACAUACGCAUAGGGGAAAAUAGGGUCAGAGAAAUUAGAGAGAGAUCGUGCGAGAUGAACAAGAGUAAUCCUGCUGGUUCGGUGACUGGUUCGGAUAUAAUUGACGCAAAGAUCGAAGAACAUCAACUUUGUGGAUCCAAGAAGUGUCCUAGCUGCGGCCACAAGCUCGAAGGCAAACCACAGGAUUGGGUUGGUUUACCAGCAGGAGUGAAAUUUGACCCAACGGAUCAAGAAUUGAUAGAACAUUUAGAAGCCAAAGUCUUAGCUAAAGACUUUAAAUCUCACCCUCUCAUUGACGAAUUCAUCCCAACCAUUGAAGGCGAAGACGGCAUUUGCUACACUCAUCCUGAGAAACUUCCUGGAGUGACUAGAGAUGGUUUAAGCAGACACUUCUUCCAUAGACCAUCAAAGGCGUACACGACCGGAACAAGAAAGCGAAGAAAGAUUCAAACGGAAUGUGACAAUAAUUUGCAAGGAAGUAGUAGCUCCGGUGAGACGAGGUGGCAUAAGACCGGUAAGACAAGACCAGUUAUGGUAAACGGUAAGCAAAAAGGUUGCAAAAAGAUUUUGGUUUUGUAUACCAAUUUCGGUAAGAACCGAAAACCGGAGAAAACCAAUUGGGUAAUGCAUCAAUAUCAUUUGGGGACACAUGAGGAAGAGAAAGAAGGAGAACUUGUUGUGUCUAAGAUCUUUUAUCAGACUCAGCCUAGGCAAUGCAACUGGUCAUCUUCUACAUCGAGCUUGAACGCUUUAGGCGGCGGAGGCGGUGAAGCAAGUAGCGGCGGAGAGUAUCAUAUGAGGAGAGAUAGUGGGACUACUAGUGGUGGGAGCUGUUCUUCUUCUAGAGAGAUUAUUAACGUUAAUCCUUCUAGUCGAUCAGAUGAAGUAGGCGGCAUUGGUGGUGGCGUUAUGGCCGUAGCCGCUGCUGCAGUUGCGGCUGGCCUUCCGAGUUAUGCAAUGGAUCAACUCAGCUUUGUUCCGUUUAUGAAGAGCUUUGAUGAGGUGGCGAGGAGGGAAACUCCUCAUACCGGGCAAGCUAUAUGUGAGGGAGUUAUGGCAGAACAACAUAGUCAUCGUCAUCAUCGGCAUCAGGGAUCAUCAUCAACAUCGCAUCAUAUAGCUCAUGACCAUCACAAUCAUCAUCAACAACAACAACAUCAACAACGGCACCAUGCAUUCAACAUAAGUCAGCCUACACAUCCAAUAUCAACCAUCAUUUCUCCAUCUAGUUCGCUUCACCAUGCCUCCAUUAAUAUCCUUGACGAUAACCCUUAUCAUGUUCAUCGAAUCCUGCUCCCCAAUGAAAAUUACCAGACACAACAGCAACAACGUCAAGAAGGAGAAGAAGAACAUAAUGAUGGGAAGAUGGGAGGAAGGUCAGCUUCUGGAUUGGAAGAACUCAUAAUGGGCUGCACUUCUUCUACCACUCAUCAUGAUGUAAAAGAUGGGUCAUCAUCAAUGGGGAACCAACAAGAAGCAGAAUGGUUGAAGUACUCCACGUUUUGGCCAGCCCCUGACUCUUCUGACAACCAAGAUCAUCAUGGGUAAUUGUGCCGUUUUCCAAUCUGAUGAUCAUGUCGGCCGACAUCAAAAAAAGAUUUCUACCAUCAAACCUAGCUAUCAUCAUCAUGGUCAUCAUCAUCAUCAAUAUCGACAUCUCUAUAUAUGGAAGGUGGUAUAUAGAUCGAUCUUGGACCAAUCAAGUUAUAUAUAUGCAUGAUUUUGAAAUGGUGGAGGGGUUUUUAAGCAGCACCAAAAAUCAAGCGUCUUUUUUUUUUGUUAUAUAUUCAAAAGAAUUUUGGUAUAAAAAGGAAAAAAGAAAGAAAGAGAAAAAAAAAAAACCAAAGUAAAAAAAAAAAAAGCAUGAGAGAAAAAGCUGUUAUAUUCCAAAGAGACUAAGAAGAAAAGAAGCAAGGUAAAUUGCAUGAAAACCAUCAACAGUGCCAUGUAAGAUUAGAUAUGUUUAUUUUUAAACUCAUUUCUUUUGUUAUUUUAAUUUCUUUGUAUGUCUUUUCUUUGUUUUGUCAAUUAGGUUGAACUGUAUAAUUUAUUGGUUUUUUUGUUAUAUACUAUAUGUUGGUAAAUAAUAUACUUUCCCUGUAUACUUUAUGAUUA